AUUUUGAACCAUGAUAACGUUGCGGCUCAGCAACCGUCAUAUACGUCAUCGUUGCCCUCCGUGGGGAUGCAACGCUGUGACGCAUCGUUUAGUCUUGGAGGUGUAUCUGCAGUGAAUCGACCGACCACCGAAAUGGAGGCAUCAAGAUUGGUAUCGCUGAGCGUGCAGUAUUUGAUCAUGCUCGUGAAGAAUAUCCUGAAUGGACGAAUGUCUUCUGAUUUUGUUGUCAUCAGGAAAACGGAACCAUCGAACGUAAUGGAAUACAGCUAUUCGUGCGUGGUGAGCGCACUGAAAUUAAUACUGGAAAAUUUGCAAUUGAAACGAAUUUUGGUAAUCGAAAUCGACUCCACGCAUCGUACGGACAUCCAGAAGGAGUUCUAUCACGACAGAAGGGUCUUGUGUUGCUCCGUUUUCCACGCUUCGACGUCUCUAUGGACUCCCAACGAAGUUGGCGCAGGUAUUGGAGAAGGGUUCAACGUGAACGUGCCUGUCAGAGUCAACAAAUGCAUGGAUGGAGAUUUUCUGGCGAUUCUUCAACGGAUUAUAUUACCUGUCAGUUACGAGUUCAACCCCGAAUUGGUGUUUUUUCUCGUGAAUGCAGAUUCUUUCAACGCUCCUGGAAAACACGCUUUCGACCUCACUAAGGCCUUUUACGAUCAUAUGCGGCACGCUGUUUUUGGUCUUGCUGGCGGAAAAAUUUGUUCUGGGUUUUUGAGUGACGUGUUGGGACCAAGUUGGGUUCGGUUCUUGGCAAACGGAUUAGCUUGUCCGAAUAUUUCUCAUUUCAAUUCGCGGCGAGUCUCACCAGGGAUAAAAGCCACGAUUCGGAGAUGCUGGUCUGUUUUGAGUCGCCAUUGGAAAUCACUUGCUUGGCUGGGUGACGUAGGGUUGGAUCCUCCAGGUGCGGAAGAAAUCUUGCAAGUCGUCAAGGAAGAACGAAAGGAGGAACAUUUUGUCUCCUUCGAUACGAAAUCGGUUGCAUUGGUGUACGACGAAAAAAUGAUGCUUCACAAGAUGCCAAGAAGUCAUCCGGAGAAACCCGAGAGAAUAAAAGCCAUUUGGGCGCAUCUGCUCGAAAGGAGACUGCUGGAGCGUUGCCUUAUUUUAAAAGCGAGGGAAGCUGAUGAUAGCGAGUUGAGUUUAUGUCACCUUCCGAAGUACGUUGAGCACAUGGAUGCUUUGACGGAAAAACUCAAGGCCCCUAUUGUGACGCUCGAAAUGAACGAAAACUCAAUCUAUGCGAGCAAGAGUACAAACCAAUGUGCAAAACUUGCAGCCGGGUCUUGCAUUGAGCUUGUGAAAGCUGUUCUUGAGGGUAAAGCCUUGUCGGGAUUCGCAAUCGUUCGGCCACCUGGACACCACGCGGAGCGAGAUUUUUUCUUCGGAUUCUGCUUUUUCAACAAUAAACGUAUUCUGAUCAUUGACUGGGAUGUUCAUCACGGCAACGGAACUCAGAAUAUGUUCGAAUCUGACCCGCGGGUCCUCCUGGUGAGCUUACACCGCUUCGGAUCGGACGUUUUUCCCGCGGGGCCAGAUGGGGAUUUUCACAAAACUGGCAUUGGCGGUGGAGUAGGUUACAACAUCAAUAUCCCUUGGCACACUGAUGAAUAUCCAAAGCCAUUUGGAGCUCCUGAAUAUAUUGCGGCAUUUCUGCACAUCAUCCUGCCAAUCGCGUACGAAUUCGACCCAGAGUUGGUUCUCAUUUCUGCUGGAUUUGAUUCACUGAGAAAUGAUCCAUUAGAUAACCGUGUCCAGUUGGACCCAGAAUCAUUCGCUCACAUGACGCAUCUGCUGUCGUCUCUCGCACAAGGCCGAGUCGUCAUGGCCCUGGAAGGAGGCUAUCACUUGCCGGAUCUUUCGAAAAGUGUCGGACAGUGUGUAUCGACAAUGCUUGGUGAUCCAUUGCCGUUGCCGGAUCCGGGGGUGAACGCAGACUGGUCUGUGAAUCGUCGAGCGUCCAACGUUUUCUUCAAACUGGGUCGGAAGCUCAAAGACCAAUGGUCAAACGUCGACGUUCAUGUACGGAUGAACAAAGACGUCUCUGAUUUCGUUCCUGUUACCUUAUGACCUUCCAUUUAGCGGAAUUAUCUUUUUUUUUUGGUUGUGGGGAGGAGAAAUUCAGAAAACGACCUAUUUAGGAACGGGAUUCUUCCACCUAUUUUCAAAAAUGAACUGUGAAUUAUUUCAUAGGCCCGCGAAAUUUUUGGCUUUUCAGUAUGCUGAGAGAAAAUAGGGGAUAUUCUAUGAGUUUCCGAGAGAAAUAUCCGUUUUCGUUUUAACCGAUUACAUUUUUUAGAUUGACUGACGGGACUCCUGGUGUGCGCCCGUUCCUGAACCCAGCCUUUCACCAUGUUCUGAAGAGUUUUUAAUUGACAUGUACGCAUUUUUCCGCCCUGUGCAAGACAAAUUUCAUUUCGAAAAAUAUUUCAUCUGAUUGAUACGGCAAUUUAAACCUAAUCCAUUUUGAAAUUGAGUAUUUUAUGAGGAGGAAUUUCGUGCAAGGCUGGAACUGCUCGUGAUGGGUUCUCGGAACAAAGGUUUACCAAACGAUCUCGUGAAAAAAAUGUGAUUUUUAUCAAGGCAUUUAUGGAUUUCAUUUUGUCUAGAAGAGACGUCAAAAGUUUAAAAUUUGAUGCACUGGCGAAUUUUGUUUUUGUUAAUUGUAGCAAAUUCUGAGAAUUUCAUGUGAUUGUUCGGCGUUGCAAUUGUUGGUUGGGCAAUUAAUCAGUCCAGUCUUGCCCAAGACGUGUUGACUCAAUUCGUUGCCAAUUAUGAGGAUUGUUUCGGGAAAUUAUGUGUUUCAUGCGGAAUGCGGGUGAUGCUCCUUGGUGAUUUGGUGAACUUCUGUCGUAGCAGUCGAACAUAGAAAAUUAUCGCUUGAA